UGCGGUCUCCCGUAAACAAAUUUCCCUUUCCGGUCGCCAUCCCCUCCGCCGAUCAACACCCACCAGCGGUACAUCCGAACAUCCGUCGACCCGGCGAUACGUUGUCAUCAUCGUCAAUAAUAAAUAAUAAUAACAUAACUCUCGGGGGGUCGACGAGUGUGUUGAUAACGCGAUUUUUUUUUUUUUUUUUUUACCAGCAAUUUUUCCCGCAGAAUCACGAAUUCUGUCCGUUCGGUGUCGUUCGUGGCGUCUCGCACCAGUCACGCGUGCCCACCACUUACCUAAUAAUAAUAAUAGGUAUACCUGCCCAGGUCGUCGGUCGAUUAGCAUUCAUUCCGGUCCACGUCCGACGCAUAGACAAGUACAACUCGAUGGCGAUGGCGGUCGGUCCGCCGUCUGACAUUUCCGACGUCGGAGGAAGCAGCCAUUACACGGGGCACCAUCGGCGUCCGGUCUCGUCGGCGUGAUAAUCCGCUCCCGACCCGUUCGCAGUUCGCACAUCACACUAUACGGCACGACGACGAUGGAUUGUGCGUCAACGCUGUACUCGCACCGCAACAACGGACUGAUGACCAGGUCGCUGGAGAAACUGUUGGAGGACGCGCACCUGUGCGGCGAAUUGAAACUCGGCGGGCGCAAGCUAAAAGAAUUCCCAGUGACGAAUAAAUACGAUUUGUCCGACACGACCAUUGCGGAUCUCUCUAAGAAUUGCUUCACACACUUUCCAGCUGAAGUGAUUAAAUUCUGGUCAUUAGAAUCUCUCAACCUGUAUCAUAAUGCUAUACGAUCGAUACCAAACACAGUCACAUCACUUCAAUCAUUGGUGCAUCUUGAUCUCAGUCGGAACCGUUUAACAUGUCUACCAUCAGCUAUAUGUCAGUUACCUCUUGAAAUCCUAUUAUUGUCCAAUAACAAACUUAAACAAUUACCCACCGAAAUUGGAUUCUGCAAAACUCUUAUCGAGUUAGAUGUAAGCUGCAAUGUGCUUAUUAAUUUACCACCACAGUUGGGUCAACUAUCCUCAUUAAAAUGUUUAAACGCACAAAAUAAUCUACUUAUUGAGUUACCAUUAGAAUUAACAUGUUUAAAAUUAGCAAGAUUGAAUGUCAGUUUGAACCGAAUAGCAUCUUUACCUGUUGAACUGCGAUUAAUGUCUUCUUUAGAAUAUUUGGAUGUAGCCAAUAACCCUUUGGUCUCCCCUCCGACUGCUGUUUGUAUUAAGGGUCGUAUUCAUAUAUUUAAAUGGUUGGAAUUAAAAAGCAUUAAAGAAGGCCGAAAUCGAGGAUCAUCAUGGAAGUUCAAUUCUCUUAAGAGCAAUAAUCACAGUUUAGACAGUAAUAUGGACAGUUUAACAUUAUCUGAAACAACAAGUUUCGUACAUUCUUCAGAUGAAGGUGCAAAUGGAAGUACAGAGUAUUUAAACAAAUCUGAAAGAAAACAUAGAGAAACAAACAGAUACAAUAACAAUGCAAGCCCUGAAAUUGUACAUGUCAGUAAAAGUAACGGUAAUAUGUCAACAAAUUCAAAUAAAAUAUACUCGAGUAAUAACAAUGGUAUCAAGCUAAAUGAUAAGCCGACACAUCACACUCAAAGCUAUAGAGAAUACAAAGAGUUCCUUAAACAACAACGUGCCCAAGAAUCUAUUUAUAAAGGAAAAGUUCAAAACCCUGACAAUAAUUAUGAUCAAAAGGAUAUCCGUCCAUAUAUUAAACCAAGUACACCUGAAAUUGUAUCAACUCCAGUCAAUAAUUUAUCAUUACCUAUGUCAUCAAGUCCUAGUAGUCCAAAUGUUUGGUCUAAGAAUAACACUCAAAUCACUAAAAAUAAACUUCAGUUCACAAUGAAACGGGAGUAUGAUAAAGCAAGAGAAGAGGCAGAACUUGUGAAACAACUACGAAAUACAAUCGAAUCACGCUUGAAAAUGUCUCUUCCAAGUGAACUGUCACCAGCCCUUAAUGAUGGAGUUGUUCUUUGUUACUUAGCAAACCAUGUCAAACCUAGAUCUGUAGCUAGCAUUCAUGUACCUUCACCAGCUGUGCCUAAACUAACCAUGGCUCGAUGUAGACGGAACGUAGAUAACUUUUUGGAAGCAUGCCGUAAAAUUGGUGUGAAUGAAAAACUAAUUUGUUGUGCUGUUGAUAUUCUGGAGGGAAAAGGAAUUGUUCAAGUGGCCAUCACCGUUGCUGAACUUUUGAAGUUCCAUACAACAAAAACACAACCACAAAACGUUCACGUGCCAUCACUUUUAAAUGUUUAAGAACAAAACUUAUAGAAACAAUCUCUGAAAAUAAUGUGACUGACUGUUAAGCUCAUAAAUGAAAUGCUUUGUGGCAUUGAAGACUGUUUUAAUUCACCUGUUUAAGUGUAUAAAAAACCUCAGAUAUUUCAUUAUGAGGCUGAGUAAAUUUUAUAUAUUUUUAUAAUCAAAAUGAUAUUGAUCAAUUAAAACUAAUUUAGUGUACACUACUUAAAAUUUUUACUGAGUGUAUAUAAUAUGUAGUAUUUAUUUAUUUUUAGUCAUUUUUUUGACAAAAAAAAAACUAAAGUUAUUUAUUUAUUUUAAACUUCCUAUAGAGCCUGUGUUAACAAAUUAAGUUUUGCCAUUCCUAAAUAAACUGGCUGUACGUUAUAUUUAUAUUAGUUAAGCUAUUGUUUUUUUUGCAUUUUACUUUUAAAUUUUAUUUUACUAAUUUAAUUUUUUUUUAUCAUUUUUAUUUAUUUUUUUUUAAUAUAUUUUGUAUAGGUAUA